AGCGAUAUAAACCCAAUUGGUUGAUUAGGGAUUCAGCGACUGACAACGCCACAGCAGAUAUUUAAGCUGAGGUUAACAACAGCAGUGGUCUAUACGCUGCUGAUAUCAAUUCUGUGAUGGACAACCAGUAGCCGUAUAGGUGAUAGUAUCGGAUGUAGUCAUGCCUAGGAUGUUUCUGUUGAAUUACAUAAGGAGAAGAAAAAUACUCAUCGCUUGUACCCUCGUAUUCUGUCUUGCAGUCAUGCUUCUCAACGAAAACUCUAUAAUCUACAGACGAGGAUAUGUGAGAAUAUUUCAAGAGUGGUAUCCUAAGAGGAACCUGGAGAUGAAGUACGCCGACCAAUACCCAGAAGUGAGUGGACCUAUGCCAGCUGUGAUUCUGACGUACAUGAGGAGCGGAUCCUCCUUCUUUGGAGAGGUACUUCAAUCAAGUCAAGAUGUUUUCUAUCUUUUUGAACCACUUAGGACACUACAGUUCCAUAUCAGAAAGUAUAGCACCUUUCACUAUCUGGACGGGAAAAGCAGGAACUUUACUAAUUUCCUGGAAAUAGCAAGUGAAGCCCUCAACGAUAUAUUUCGAUGUAAUUUUGAAAAUCUCCCUCUCCCAUUUUUCACCGAUGGAUUUUUGAGCAAGGGAAAAAAAGCGAAUGAAUUCAAAGUUUGUAUGUUACAUUUCAAAUCCAAAGUCAACAUCAGUUUAUCAUCAGCAGUACAUCAGUGUGUUGGGAUUAUAAAACGUCGGUGUCUAGAAUCAAAACAUAUCGUUAUCAAAACUAUUAGAAUACCAUUGAAAGUUUUGGUUCCUUUCUCACAGAUAUUUCCUAAACUUAAGAUUCUACAUUUGGUAAGAGAUCCACGAGCCACCUUAAAAUCUCAGUCUCGCUUUGGUAUCGUAAAGUUGAGAUUUUUGCAUGAAAAUGCCACUAAUUUUUGUAACAGGGUAUAUACCGAUAUAACAGUGGCAAAGAAUACACCGACCAUUGCAACAAGUCGUUAUUUUCCAAUUUCUUAUGAAAAUUUGGCAAUGUAUCCCAUUCAGAUGGCUGUCGGUGUUUACAGGUUCCUUGGUAUCAGCAUAAACGAAAACAUAAUGACUUACGUGCACAAUAUAACAAUGGGAGGAACAUCUUGUGGCACCUCACGGGUAUCAAAACUAAUGUGCACCAAGUCAGCCAACUCCAGCGCGGAAGCGGGGAAAUGGCGGCUAACAAUUCCUUACAGUUUCGUUUCCGUGGUGGACAGUGCGUGCUCUCUAUUAUACAGCGUGCUCGGAUUACGUAGUGUUCCCAGCGAGAUCCAUUUGAGGAAUUUGUCCUAUUCCCUCAGAGGAAAUAUUUCUAGUAACAUUGGUGAUUUCAGAUUUACAUAAUCUUUUCAAUGUGAUGUUGCACAGUAAUUUAAGUUCACGGUGUGAAAGGGAGAGUGGACCUCAGGUCAUGUUGAAUGUGAACCCACAUCUCUACCCCGUUUGUAUUUUUGUUAAUAAUCAGUGUGCUCGGAUAUCAUUUCACAAGAAAUAAGGAACUGUUUGCGGUAAGGCCCUGAGUUGGACCUCCUUAAAAUCACAUUCAAUUUUAUGACUGAUUGAUUGUUAGAGUUUGACGUCUAUUUGAUGACAUGUCGGUUAGGUAGAGAUGUGCUACAAAUUUUGACCAAUGUUUUGUACUCUUGGUCAUUUAGCAGUGAGGGUUUUGUAUCAUUCCAACACCUACUGUGACUUCCGUUUAGAAAGUCCCAUCUGAAUGUACAUUGCGAAUGUUAUAUAAGGGAAUCUUUUCCCCGAAUGACCAUCGGAUUGAUGAUUGACACGGGGUCCUUUUUAUUGCUGUGAUAGGAGAUUUGUGUGCUUUGCUAUGGUGUGAUUCGUUAUUAAAAGGAGACAAUUAGGAAUCCUUCCAUGAAACAGAUUUGCAGAAAAAUUGCAUGUCUUGAAAGAAUUGUCUUUGUAAGUUAUUUAUUGCAUGGGAGCCAUUGCGUGAAAGAGCUUUCCUUCGCUUUAUGGAGUGUAAUGAAGUAUGUAAGAAUAUUUCCUCAUUAUAUUUGACGUAUUUUCUCGUCAGAAAACGAUUUCUUAUCUAUGUGUUAUGCAUUUUACAUGCUUUUGGUGUAUAUGAAUUUUAAAAAUGGUUUCUAUAGACUUGUUAUCAAUGUUUUAAGAGACAUGUACACGUAUUUGAUUGCUCUGUUAUAUAAGAAUAUAUCUAUCGU